AGGAAGAAAGAAAGAGUAGCUGCUACACUACCCUCUGCCCGCUCGCUCGUUCUCUCUCUCUUAAAAUCCCCUUCUCUCAGAAAGCUAAGCCAACCAUAAAAACAGAAAAUUCUAGAGUAGAGAUCAGGUCACCAGAAUCAAGGACAUCGUAGUCAUUUCCCUCAGAUCCAUCCAUUUUCUCUCCCUGAAAGACACAUAGGAAAACCAAGGGGAGACACUCUCCUCUUAUACACAUUCAUACUGUCUGAAAAGGCAAGCGAACAGCUGUUCUUUCUAGUUCAACCAUUCUUAUUUACCUUCUUGGUUUUGUUUUUUUUUUUUUUUAAAUAAUGGAGAGGAGCACUCCGGUUAGGAAACCACACACUUCCACUGCAGAUCUGCUCACGUGGUCCGAGACUCCGCCACCUGAUUCUCCCUCCGUUGGCUCCGCUCCUCGCCCUACUCGGUCCCACCAGCCUUCAGAUGGGAUCAGUAAGGUGGUGUUUGGAGGCCAAGUUACCGAGGAGGAGUUCGAGAGCUUAAAUAAACGGAAACCUUGUUCUGGGUAUAAAAUGAAGGAGAUGACUGGCAGUGGCAUUUUUGCAGCCAAUGGAGAAGAUGAUACUGCCGAAUCUGGCAGUGCCAACCCCAUUCCUAACAGCAAAACAGGAUUGCGAAUGUACCAGCAAGCAAUUGCUGGAAUCAGUCACAUUUCAUUUGCAGAGGAUGAUAGUGUUUCUCCCAAAAAGCCUACUACUCUGCCCGAGGUAGCAAAACAACGGGAGUUAAGUGGAACCUUAGAAAGUGAAUCCGAUGCCAAGUUGAAGAAGCAGAUCUCCGGUGCCAAGUCCAAAGAGCUCAGUGGACAUGACAUCUUUGCACCCCCUCCUGAAAUUUUACCACGGCCGACAACUGUGCGUGCUUUGGCUUUGCAAGAAAGCAUCCAAUUGGGUGAACCGUCUCCGCAUGAUCCUGUUGGAGGUCAGCAGCCUAGCGAGGAAUCAGUAGUGAAGACAGCAAAGAAAAUUAAUAAUCAGAAAUUCAAUGAACUUUCUGGAAAUGACAUAUUCAAAGGUGAUGCUCCUCCAUCAUCUGCGGAGAAACCUCUGAGUGUGGCAAAAUUGCGAGAGAUGAGCGGCAAUGAUAUAUUUGCUGAUGGGAAGGUAGAGUCUCGAGACUUCCUAGGUGGCGUACGCAAGCCCCCUGGCGGCGAGAGCAGCAUUGCCCUGGUUUAAUUUAUUAGGUCUAACCCCGUUAUUUUAUCACGCAGUGUCUGGUUGUGUUCAUUGCUAGUGGGAAUGUGUUCCAAUAUUAUUUUGACCUUGCAUUGUGGGUUUUGGGAAUUAUAUUUUAGGUCUUAACACGCCAAACAGUGUUGUGGACUGUCUGCUAAUUGGUUUGUGUGUCCAUACUCGUGUUUUUUCAGUGCUUGUUUUAGUGAAGUACUUGGGCUGUUGACUAGAUUUCAUUUUGUACUUAGGAUUAUAUUUGCCUUUGUUAAUUGUUUGUGAUUCAUUCUGAUGAA